AUGGAAAAAGUGACAUGGGUUCUACUGCUAGCAGGCCUGCCAGCCUUAGAAGCCAAUGACUUUUUUGAUAAAGACAGUCCCUUCUACUACGACUGGGAAAGCAUCCGGCUGUCUGGGAUGAUCUGUGCAGGGAUCAUGUGCCUCAUUGGAAUCCUCCUUAUUCUGAGUAACAAAUGCAGAUGCAAGUCCAGACAAAAGCACAACCGCAUAGAUGAGAACGCUGAACCAUUCAUCACUCCAGGUUCUGCCACUAACUGCUGA